AUGGCUUCCUCUUCAAAGGCUCCAAGCUCCCUGCUCUACUCCUGCAUUGCCCAUCGUACUACUAUUCUAGCUGAGCACUCAUCUCCAGGCACUUCCUCAACCUCUGCUUCGUCCAUCGCGUCGAUCAUCCUCCCCAAGAUCACGCAUGACAAGCCCCAGAAGUUAACCUACACUCAUGAACGACUAUUCGUCCACUACAUCGCCGACUCCCCCACAGGAGACUCGGCGGAUGAAGCAAACGGCCGCACCGAGCCCAAUAGCUAUGCCCCGCUCAGCUAUCUCGUGGUUGCAUCCGCUGAACAGGGCCGCCGCAUCCCAUUCGCCUACCUCCUGGAGAUGAAGCGCAAGUUCCUUGCUAGCUACCCCCCGUCUAGUACGGACUUUUCCACCCUACCUGCCUACGGAUGUGCAGCCUUCAACACAGAGCUCCGCGGCCUGCUUCAGACAUAUAACACUGCCCCACCAGCCGAUUCACUCGCCACAGCCCGGCGCGAAAUCGACAGCGUUCGCGACAUCAUGACUGAGAACAUCGAACGGGUGCUCGAGCGCGGUGAACGGAUUGAUCUACUGGUAGACAAAACAGAUCGUCUGGGCGGCAGCGCGCACGAUUUUCGUAUCCGAAGCCGUGGGUUGCGGCGGCGCAUGUGGUGGAAGAAUGUCAAGCUGAUGGUCCUUCUCGGCGUCGUGAUUAUCUUCCUGCUGUAUCUGUUUAUUGGCAUAGGUUGUGGACUCCCAGCGUGGUCGAGCUGUGUCGGACACAAGUCGGAGUAA